AUGCAGCCCGAGUCCAUGCAACUGAUACGGCAGAUCAUCCACAAUGCCGAGGAUCCCACGGCCGAGGUGCCAGCGGUGAGCUCCAGCCCUCAUCAGCUACACAUCCGUGGGUCACCGGCAGGAGGGAGGCCUUCCCCGCCGGGAUCUCCGCAUCGCACAAAUGUGGGCCUCGGUAGAGAAGGCGAUGUGGAGCCUACCAAUCUGCAGCCAUCUUCGCCGGGGCACAGCCCUCCAGUUAGCCCGGCCCGCGGCUCAAAUACGAGUUUGGACAUAGACGUGCUGUCGCCUCCGCCGGAGCAUCCGAUUAGCCCGGGCAGUGGGCCCACAGGCGUAAAGAAUUCGAUGAUUGCAACCAAUGCUAAGACCAUCCCCCGUUUCUGGUGGCCAAAGCGGGAUCAGAUUUCCGAGCUUGGCCAGGAGUACAAAGACCAGAUUCACGAAAUCUUCGUGAAGCAGGGUAUCACCGAUGGGAUAAAGAAUUGGGAGCAGUGCGAGCAGAUUGUGACGGAUGUGUUCAAACUAUCCAAAUACUUUGCCGCCCCUAUUUUCCACAAAAUGAAGGCUUUCUACGACAUCGUUGAUCGCAGCGCGAUCUCCAAGCGCGAUGCCAUGAUGGUUCCCACUCCAGUGCCUAUCACGGAGAUGAUGGUUGUUGGGUGGGCGAACCGAAAGAUCCAGCCUGACGAUCCGACCCUGAGCUUUUUCUCAGUUGUCAAGAAGGACCACAAUGACUGGAUAGAGAAGGAGGAUUUCGACAUCUUCCUUUACGCCAUCUUGAUGACCCAUCCAGGUUUGGAUUUUCUCCUGGACACCCAGGAGUUCCAAGAUAGAUAUGCUGAUACGGUCACCAGCCGAAUCUUCUACAUCUACGAUAGGAAAGGCACAGGCCGAAUCUACCUGCAGAAUUUGCGGCGAUAUCAGCCGUCCAUCGUGGAGACCUGGAAGCAGCUGGAGGACUAUGACGACAUGAAGAUGAUACGGGAUUACUUUAGUUACGAGCACUUCUACGUGAUCUAUUGCACUUUCUGGGAGCUGGACUCUGACCACGACUUCCUCCUAGACAAGGAUGACCUGCUGAAGUAUGAUGGGCAUGCGCUGUCAAGAAGGACAGUGGACCGGAUCUUUAGCGAGGUCACCUGGCGGUUUACAUCAGCGGUUCCUGGCAAGAUGGGCUACGAGGAUUUCAUCCAUUUCCUCCUGAAUGACCAGGAUCAGAUAACCGACAGAUCGAUCGAGUUUUGGUUCAACAUCUUCGACCUAGAUGCAGAUGGUGUGGUUCGAGACUACGAGCUGAAGUUCUUCUACGAAGAGCAAGUGCAGCGCAUGGAGUGCCUGAACUACGAAACCAUCGCGUUUUGUGAUGUUCUGUGCCAGCUACAUGACAUGAUUUGUCCUCGAGUUGCUGGAGAGUUUCGACUCGCAGACUUCAAGCGCAAGCGCAAAUUUGCCGGCUCUUUCUUUUCGAUUUUCACGUCCCUGAACAAGUUCAUGGCCUUUGAAAACAGAGAUCCGUUCCAAGCCAAGCAGGAGCAGAUGGAGAAUCCGAACUUCACCAGCUGGCACCGAUGGUGUGCAGACCAGUACCUUAGGCUCGCCAUGGAGGAAGGGGAGGACAUGGACGAAGGCCAGCCAUGA